AAAAUAUCAACCGUAUUAAUUUGUUGAAAGUACGUGUGUAAAGAAAACGAAUUUGUGAAAAUUUUAACUACGCUGUUAAAAAAAUUAAUUUUCUUAAUUCAAGGCUAAUAAAAUUAAUAAUUUUUAAUAUAACCUCUUUAUAAAGUGUAUUGAAAGUGUUUUAUAUCAAGUUAUACUGAAAAUUCUGUUAGUUAUUGAAGAUAAACAAAUACCAAGUGAAUAGAUAACAAAACUCUUUCAAAAUAGAGCAAAAUCUAAAAAAUAACUGUCUAAAGGGAAAAGGAAUGCAUACAUUCAGUGAGACGGGCGCCGGUGUGCCGGCAUUUUUGGCCAAGCUUUGGCGUUUAGUUGAAGAUCCCGAAACUAAUAAUCUCAUUUGUUGGAGUAAGGAUGGACGCAGUUUUAUUAUCCAAAAUCAGGCCCAAUUUGCUCGAGAAUUGUUGCCUCUCAACUAUAAACACAAUAAUAUGGCCUCCUUUAUAAGGCAAUUAAAUAUGUAUGGAUUUCAUAAAAUAACUUCCAUUGAUAAUGGUGGUUUAAAAUUUGAUCGAGAUGAAAUGGAAUUUACUCAUCCCUGUUUCAAACGAAAUUGUCCAUAUUUAUUGGAACACAUUAAGCGCAAGAUUGCUUCAACCAAAUCGGUUGAUGAAAAGUCUGCCUUAAAGCCAGAAGCUGUAACAAAAGUUUUGCAAGAUGUCAAGGCCAUGCGCGGACGGCAAGAUUCAUUGGAUUCUCGUUUCUCGGUGAUGAAACAGGAAAAUGAGGCUUUAUGGCGUGAAAUUGCUUCAUUAAGGCAGAAACAUGCCAAACAGCAGCAGAUUGUAAAUAAACUUAUACAAUUCUUAAUAACGAUUGUGCAGCCACAACGUAAUAUGACCAGUGUAAAACGGCACAUGCAGUUAAUGAUAAACGACAUACCGGAUAAGUCGAAACUACGCAAGACUAGUGAGUCGGAAUCGGAUGGUGGACCGGUUAUUCAUGAGUUGGGCGAAGAAUUGCUCGAUGAAGUAGCUGAUGUUGAACCUGAAUUAAUGGUGCCGAAUAGCCCAUUUGCUCGAGUUGCUACUCCGGCAACUCCCUCUACAGAUCCCGACGUAGCCCACUCGCCACAUAAUAUUGAACGGCCCCAUUCAAGUGGUAGUAUGAUCUCUCAAAACUAUGAUUUUUCCAAUCAGAGUGCAGAAGAUACUGGCUAUUUAAGUCCAGCCGCUACAGCUGCAGCUGCUGCUGCGAAUGACGGUCUUGUACAUACAAUCAAUAAUGAUGGCUCGAAAAUAUUUUAUCACAUAACUGAAGUGCCUGAUGCGCAACCUCAAGAAACAAACAUCAGUCCCGUUAGCUACAAUGAGGAUAACGUGCUGACAACACCGAUGGUGCGUGAGGAGAUGGCACGAAACCAAUUGUUAAAACAGAAAAAUCGCCAGAGACGCAUUAAAAAUGAAUACGAAAUGGAAAAUCGCGCUAAAGCGUCUGGCACUUCCGGUUCUAAAGUUCAGCGUCUUGCCAGCCAGUCGCAAGCAUCACCAAAACAUCAGCAACAACAACAACAACAAUUAGCACAGCAGAUUCCUCAACCUAUACAAAUUAAAUCUGAACAAGAUGCUGCUUUAGAUCCCAUGCUUUUCCUGAAUAUCUACCCAGAAAAUCGUGGCCUGACUCCGGACCCAAAUUUAAUUUCACCCAAUUUCAGCGAAGAUUCGCGUCAGUCGAAUUCAAACACCACGGGUAGUUUUUUGAUUAAUACCCCAACGUCAUCUGCAAACACAGCUUCAUCAGCAGAAAACGCCCUAUUGGCAGGCAAUAGUUCUGACUUGUACAACCCAAAUAGUUUCAUUACUAACGAUAUACCCGCUGAUAUAUUUGAAGAUAAUUCCCUAAUAUCUGCUGGGGAAAAUAGUAACAUUGGUGGCAAUGACAAUUUCAAACAGGCUCUACAACAACAGUUUGGUCGUUCUACUGUCAAUAGUGGCAAAUUUUCAACAUAUUUGUCUGGUUCAACAUCUGGAAAUUGUAGCUCACAACCGUCUACAUCAGCUGCCGCAGCUGCUGCAGCCAUUUCAUCCACAAAUAAUAGCAACAACAACAAUAACAACGAGAACAGUUCUGAAAAAUCUGCAGGCACAUCGAAGAAUGAGAAUGGCAGUAACAUGGCUAUAGCUAAAUACAAGAAUAAUCAAGAUGUCAUGCGGUUGAGUACUGCUAAUGAAGUCAGCGGUCAUUUAGACAUUGUGCAGGACGAACUGGAAGGUUUGAAGGAUUUACUGCGAAGUGAUGUUUACUCUUUGGAUCACAAUACUUUGCUUGGUAUGCCUUUAAACGGACUCAACUCUAUACAGAAUUCAAAUCUCAAUACAUUUGAGAACAAUAAUCAUCGUAUAUUUUUGCCGCCAGCUAUGGAAGAGGACAUUCUAAAUAAGCUUUUUAAUGAUUCGGAUAUUUUGGGUCCAUAUGGUUUACAUUUACCCAAUGAUGGCAAUGAUAAAAAGGGAUCAGAAUUGAUGACAUACCAACCCAUGUAUGAUUUAUCUGAUAUAAUAAAUGAUCAAAAUGAUUUAGAGGCUGAUGUCAAUAUGUCGCCGUCUUCUGCAUUACAAACACAACAACAACCUAAACAGGAAUAUGGUUCGGUACUGAAUACACCCUAUCAUGAAUAAAAACCCUUGUAAUAAACAGUUAGUUAUCAAUGCCAGUCACUAUAAAAAUAACAAUAUUAUAAUCAGUGUAUAACAAAGCAUACAAAUUACUAAUAAGACGACGGAAAAUAUUCUGGAUUCACACAAUAGAAGAAAAAAUCUAAUGUUAAAUUUUUUUAUUAAUACAUUUUAAUUAACAUUAUUCAGACGAUGUUUAAUACUUAGGUUUAGAUAACUAAAUAGGCUAAACACAUAUUUACAGUUAUUUGUUCGUUAAAAAUAUUUACGAAUUUAACUGUAACUUUUUAUACAUAAUUUAAUAAUAUAAAUAGAUUAUAAGUUGGUGGAAAUUAUAUGUUGAGAUGUACGUUACAUGUUUUUGUUGUUUAUAUGUUUAUAAUUUAGGAUUUAUUUUUUAAUUUUUAUGGAUAAUACAUUUUUCGAAAUAUGUAUGUAUACUAAAGACGGAUUUUACAAUUCACUUUAAGGUAAAAGACUUGACUUUAAAUUGUUGUCAUCUAAAGUGAAUUGUGGAAACCCGUCUUGAAGUAUAGGUAUAUUAAUAUGUUUUUUUUUUUUUUUUUUGAAAGAAUGUAUUUUUAUUUAACACUUUGAAGAAAAACAACCAGUGAAGUAAUAAGACUGUUUUAAAUAUGAAACAAAACAUUAUUAAGAAUGUAGAAGGUAGUAAUAUUAUUAUAAUAUGUAUCCAUGCAGGUACAUACCAAUAGGUAUUACAUUUAUUCGGUAUAUUAUACAUAUAACUAAAAUAAUACUUUCUGAAAUAUAAUUGCAAAAUAUGAUUGGAAACUAAUAACAACCAAUUGGCUUCACAUUAUAAGAAAUGUUAUUAUAAAUGAAUCUAAUGUUUUGAAAUGAAAAUAUAUGUAUAUUUUUUUAAACACAAUUAAUUGAAAUGUUAGAAUUGAUGACCAAUAUUUCAAAUGAACAAUUAUCAAUGCAACAUUAAUUUAUUAUUGAAUUUUAUUAAUUUUAUGUUAUAAUUGAUAGAGGCGUCAUAAUUUCAGCCAGCUGCCUGUAUUAAUGACGAAAAAAAAAAUAUUUAAAAAAAACUUGUUUAACAAAUUGAAAUAAUUUAUACAAUUGUUUUAAGCAAGAAAUUGAGAAUUUAUCUUCAAAAGUAAAAAUUUUGGCCGCCUUAUGUUGUAACAAUUGAAUAAUAUUUUUUGCUAUAUUAAAUAUGUAUGUAUGUAUUCAUAUGUAUUUUACAAAAAUAAUAAAACAACAGAAAUUUUCGUUUAGUUAUGGAAUUUAUGAACCGUUAUAAAUUUCAAUACUUGUGUAUAUUUUGUAUUUUAUUUUUUGUUAACUGUAGUUUUUCUCUUAUUUUACGUAAACAACGCUAUUAUUUUUAUUUAACUAAAAAUACAUUUAUUUGAAUAUUUGCAAAUGAUAGAAUCAGACGCUUUUUUAUUUAACUCUCAUGUUUAAAUAAAUACUUUAAAAAAGUAA